UACACUGGAGAUGGACAGUUAUGUCAAGAUAUCGACGAAUGCAACAAUGGAAGCCAUGAUUGUGACGUAAAUGCGAAUUGUACAAACACUUAUGGUUCCCAUAGCUGCACCUGUAAGGAAGGAUACACUGGAAAAGGAGAGUCGUGCCAAGACAUUGAUGAGUGCAGUGAGGAUUUUGUCGUCAAGAUGAACGACUGCCAUCUGAAUGCCUCUUGCGUUAAUACCCAGGGCUCAUACAACUGCUCUUGCAAUCCUACCUAUAUUGGGAAUGGUUCUAUAUGUGAAGCCGAUCCAUGUUAUAAUUACCGCAACCUAAGUGAAGCUAACAGAAAAAGCAGUUACAGCACGCCGCAUGGUUCAGAGUUAUGUGACAACUCACUCCCUGAGGGAUGGUAUCGUUUUGUGGGAGCUGCAGGAACAAAAAUGCCAACAACGCGUGUGCCAGCAUUCAGAUGUGGUACAGUCUGGUCAGGCUGGUUGAAUGGUGCUCAUCCUACAGUGGAUAAUGAUGAAGUUUCAAGAAAGGUCUGCUAUAGUGAUCGUAGCUCCGGUUGCAGACAUUCAAGCACAAUUUCAGUUAAAAAUUGUGGAUCAUUUUUUAUUUACAAACUUGCUCAGCCCCCUAUUUGUUCUUCCCGCUACUGUGGCACGGACUAAAUCUGAGUCUAAUAACUUCACAAAAUGAGAUACGUCAUAAAGAGAUUCUUGUGAACAAUGUACUUUACGACUUACCGUAGCCCACUCCUUAUCGUAAUCGUUAAUACCAUCGUUAUAUAAGCUGGUGCAUAUUGCCAAUCGUUUUACGUCGGUGACAAACUGUUACAUGUUAUAUAUAUUAUAAGAGUUCUAAUGAUGGUGGGUAUCAAAUCUCAUUUGAUUGAUAAUUAAUAAGAACUGUCAAAGGUCCAGGUAGUGUCUUUAAUUAGAAAGUAAGUUUCUUGAUCCCAGAUACCGAUCGACGCUUCUGGUAUAAGUUGUCAUCCCAUAAAACAUCUGUUUAAAAGCUGGAUUAUUAGACAAUCACUAAAGUAUCUCGCCUCAAUGGUACCUUAAUACGUUUACUAUCAAUAAAUUCAUUAUCAUC